AUGAAUGGAACAACAAGGACACGUCCGCAGCCCGCCCAGCGCGUGGCCCAACAACCCGACGAUGUUUGGUCUAUUGUGAAUGACGCAGCAUCCAAGUCUCCAAUUCAACCGGUCGUCAACAUGGGCCAGGGUUUCUUUGGCUAUAACCCGCCGGAUUUCCUCCUUGACGCAGCCAAGGACGCCCUGAAUCGAGUUGACGCAAAUCAAUAUUCCCCUACCAAGGGCCGCAUCAACCUGAGACGGGCAAUUGCAAGCCACUAUUCUCCUUCCUUGGAACGAGAGAUCAACGCUGAAUCCGAGGUGAUCAUCACAACUGGCGCGAACGAAGGCAUCUUGAGCGCAUUCAUGGCCUUUAUCGAGGACGGGGAUGAAGUAAUUGUCUUCGAGCCGUUCUUUGAUCAAUAUAUCUCAAACAUUGAGAUGGCUGGUGGUACUGUCAAGUAUGUCCCGUUGAUCCCGCCAGCUCGCGGAGAUGUGGAAACUUCGACUUCGGGGGACUGGUCCAUUGAUGUGGACAAACUGGAGCGAGCAUUCUCAUCCCGAACGCGUAUGCUUGUUCUGAACUCGCCUCAUAAUCCAGUCGGCAAAGUCUUUUCGACAGAGGAGCUCACUCUCAUCGGAAAUCUCUGCGUCAAGCAUAAUACCAUCAUAAUCGCAGAUGCCGUGUAUGAUGCAUUGACCUACAUCCCCUCGAAAAGGAUGGCAACCAUUUCGCCCGAUAUCUGGAACCUGACAUUGACGGUUGGAUCUUCGGGAAAGACCUUUUACGCCACGGGUUGGCGAAUCGGCUUUCUCAUCGGCCCCGACGAUCUGAUCAAAUACGUUGCCGCAGCGCACAUGCGCAUCUGCUACUCAAGCCCGAGCCCGUUACAGGAAGCCUGUGCGGUCGGUUACCCACUGGCUACGAAACUAGGAUUCUGGGAAACUUGUCAAAGGGAUAUGCAAUCCAAGAUCAAACGCUUCGUCGAGGUGUUUGAAGAGCUAGGUCUUCCGUAUUCGGCGCCUCAGGGCGGCUAUUUUGUCAUGGCCAACUUCUCGCGCGUCAAAAUCCCUCAAGGCUACGAGUUCCCACCGCAUGUUGCUUGUCGCCCAAGAGAUUUCAAGCUUUCUUGGUUCUUCAUUGUUGAACUUGGGGUAGCUGCGAUUCCCCCAAGUGAAUUCUAUCUGCCGGAGAAUGCACAUGUGGCUGAGAAUUACUUGCGAUUCGCAGUGUGCAAGGAGGACGCUGUGUUGGAACAGGCAAAGGAGAAGCUGAGGGGCUUGAGUAAAUAUAUAGUCUGA